GGGUCUGCUGUGGAGACGACUCCUGCUGUUGUGACAUGUUUUCCCCAGAGGAUACCCCAAUACUUGCCUCCCACAUCUUGGAUAUUCUGUUCAGUAGUGGAUUCCCUUCUGCAGCAGGGAAUGCACAGGGCAUCAUCACUAGUAGAAGUUCCUGGGGCUCUAUCUCCCCUACACUCCAGCCAUGCGGCAGACUACUGGGACUGCUGAACGAUGGACAGUUUGACUCCGCUCUGAUAUAGUGUCCCACUCUCUCUCUGCCUUUUUCGGCCCUUGGUUGUUGCAACAGCCUUCCUCCCUGCCACACAGAUGUGCUUGGGAUGGUGAGAUGGCCUCAAUGAUGGGUCUAGCCUAUCUGUGUCAGGACCUUCUGAGCAGCCCAGCCUGCUCAGCCCUCAGCGUCUGUCCUUUGGCCUUUUCUCUAACCCUUGGGCUUCAAGGUAAACUGAAAGAUAAAUAAAGAACUAAAACUCCAAGGAGAGGCCUCCACCCACACUCCACUCACGUGUCCUGCGUUCGCCACCCCUCACCAUCCGGGGUAGCAUGGCCCUUUAAAUCAAGCCCUGGGCCCUUCUGCUGGGUCCCUCUCCAGCCCCUCCUUGUAAGCAUUGGGAGGCCUCCAUUUGGCCCAGGGGACAGCCCUGCAGCCACCUCCCUGCUGUGUCCCUCCAGCUGAUUUCUCGCCACUGGCUUUUAUCCCCGCCAGGCGACAUUCCUUGAUGACAUCAUUGGGCCCCAGCUGCAGAGAAAAGCAGCUGAUGAAUCACAUGUUUUCUCUGCUCCUCUGUGGCUCAUCUGGCCUGUCUGUCCCUGGGGAAGAUAAGUACUCUUUGGGAGUGAAGAUAAAGGAGGAGCUGAAAUGCCAGGACAAGCAGCUAGUUAGACACUGGAACACAAGACUGCAGACAGGUAAGGACUAUGGAGAAUGCAGCUUCUGACCAUUCACUUCAGGCAAGAGUCACUCACAUCUGUCACUAUUCCAGAGAUAUGCAGAUGCAAUUGCUCCAUCUAAGAGAGCAAACAGAGAGCAGCCUUACAUUAUGGAGACCUUGGAUUUUGACAGCAAGAGAUGUUCAGCUGACAAGAAGUCAAGGAAUGCCUGGUGAUCAGAGAAAUUUUAGAUCAAAAGAAGCUUUGAGUUUUCAGCAUCCAGUGAGACUCUACUUGCCCAAAUCAAAAUCUAAAAAAUAUCUACACAACAUUGGAGAGAAGGUUCUGUCAAGUUUUCUAGUGCAGGCCACAAUUCACUUCUACAAUGAUGAUACUGAUUCUGAAGAUGAGGAGGACAAGGAAGGAACUGAACUUUAUCAUUAACAUUACUUUGCUUCUGAAACCUAUAUGAAUCAAAAUGCAAAAAUUACCUCUGAAAUGUUUAUCAGCAUAUACCAUACAAACUAUCAAAAGCUUAUGUGAUGUUUUUGUGAUGCCUUGUCCAAAAAAGAAAAUGAGUUGAGUCAAUCGGCCAUAAUCAGAGAUGGUUCCAUUUCCUUUUGGGAGAUUCAAGAGAACAAAACUCUAAAAGCAUUUUAGUUCUUUAAAUAUUAGAGCUCUGUGUGAUAGUCAACAAACUGAUUCUGAUUGGAGUGACAGCUGGAAUAAGAUUGUUACCAUUGUGCUAUGAUUGGCACAAAGACUCCUAAAUAUUGUCUUUCUGUGAAGAUGAAAAUACAUUACUGGUUAGGAGACAAAAAAAACUAAAUGCACCAAUCCAGCCUACCUAAGGACUUAUUUUCAUGGGGAAAUUAAGGUAGGAUGUGAAUUUAGAUCAGAAAGGCUGUUUCUGAUUAACAGUGUGUGUGAAUGCUUUUUCUGAAUGAGCUCAAACCACUUUCAAACAGCUAUUUCAGAAUAGCUCCCAAAUCAGACAAGCACAAAGCUGGAACUUUGAUGGGUGAUGAGAAGUGAGAAACUCAUACCUAGUGCUUCAUCAUAGUAUCUGGAAUCCUGCCUGUUAAAUGUCACCAGUUUUCUCCCCAUCUAAUGAGAAAAAUGUUCUGCCAUCAAUCAGGAAAGGAUCACAGAGUCUGAAUAAUCAAAUAUAAUGUAACUACUAAUCAGAAGGCGUAAGUGUGCCUUAUCUAUUGUCAAAACAGGCAUAGACUGGGAUCCAGCUCUAGAAGAGCAAUACAUGUAUGAACUAACUGAGAAGGGGAGAGGUAUUAAAGAAGAUUUUAACAACAGCAAAAUUCAGAUCUUAUUUCACACUUCUCUAUGGUUUGGUGGAUUUGAACAACUCCUUACAACUCUAUUUUUUGGAAAGCAUCUUUCUCUGCAAUUGAAAACAGUAUUGAAAAGACAAUCCAUAUAUGGACCUAGGGGAUGUCCCCCCCCCAGGAUAUACUGGUGCCCCUCACUCCCAACCUGCAUCCCCCCUGUCCCUGCUAGUGCCCCGCA